AUGAAUAACAUACUCUAUUACUUUUUUGCAAGUUUAUAUAUAUCAAUAUCGCUUACUUGUGCAUGGUCUCCAACGAAUGGUUAUGCUCCUGGUCGUGUUCAAUGCGACGAUAAUAUUAAUUUAGUUAGAAACGCGUCUGGACUAUCUCAAAAUGAAACCGAUUGGUUAUUAAAGAGGAAUAAUGUUAUUAGGCCAAAUUUACGUAGUUUUUUACAGAGAACCACCUCCAAUUUCUCUAAUUCCAGUGGAGGUAUCUUUUCAGAUAUCCUAAAAUUAUUAGGUUCCAACAGCACGAAUGACUUGAAAAAUUCAUCCUUACGUAUGCCAAAGAUUGCUAUUGGUGUUUCCGGCGGUGGUUACCGUUCAUUAUUAAGUGGUGCAGGUAUGGUUGCUGCAAUGGAUAAUAGAACAAAUGGCUCUUUGGAUCACGGGCUGGGUGGUCUGUUACAAAGUACAUCUUAUUUUGCAGGUAUAUCCGGAGGUUCAUGGCUAGUCGGUACACUAGGUUGGAAUAAUUGGACUUCAGUUCAAGCUAUUGUAAAUAAUUUCUCUCAUGAUGAUUCAAUUUGGGAUUUUUCCCAUUCUGCUAUUUCACAGGGUGGUUAUAAUGUUUUUAAAUCAAUUGAUAUUUGGAAGGAAAUUAGUGAUGCAGUUGAUGAUAAAAUGGAUGCACAUUUUAAUGCUUCAUUAACUGAUAUUUGGGGCCGUUUAAUUUCUUAUGAUUUCUUCCCAACUUUAAAACAAGGUGGUGUUGGUUAUACCUGGUCAACUUUAAGAGAUGCAGAUGUAUUUAAGAAUGCAGAAAUGCCUUUCCCCAUUGCAGUUUCCGAUGGUAGGUACCCUGACUCAUAUAUUAUUAAUGAAAAUUCUACUUUAUUUGAGUAUAACCCAUUUGAAUUGGGCUCUUGGGAUCCAACUUUGAAUUCUUUUACAGAUAUUAAAUAUUUAGGUACUAACGUUUCUAAUGGUAAACCAAAUGAAACAGGACAAUGCAUCGCUGGUUUUGAUAAUACUGGUUUUAUUUUAGGUUCAUCCUCAACCGUAUUUAACCAGUUUAUUUUACAAAUUAAUAGAACUCAUAUUCCUUCAGGUAUUCAAGAUAUACUCAAACAUUUUUUGAGAGAAUUAUCUGAUAAUUAUGACGAUAUUGCAAUUUAUGCUCCAAAUCCAUUUAAGGAUACUAAAUUUGUCAACAGAACUUAUUCUUCUUCUUUAGUAGAUUCUGAUUAUUUGUUUUUGGUUGAUGGUGGUGAAGAUUUACAGAAUAUUCCAUUUGUUCCAUUACUACAGAAAGAGCGUGAUGUUGAUGUUAUUUUUUCAUUAGAUAAUUCUGCGGAUACAAGGAAUAGAUGGCCAAACGGAACCUCUCUAGUUCGUACAUAUGAAAGACAGUUUGCCAAGCAAGGUAUUGAUAUUUCUUUCCCCUAUGUUCCAGAUCAGAAUACUUUUGUGAAUUUGGGUUUAAAUAAAAAGCCAACUUUUUUUGGUUGUGAUGCAGGUAAUAUGACAAACUUAUCUUCAAUUCCUCCAUUAAUUGUUUAUAUUCCAAAUACACGUAAUAGCUAUAAGAGUAACACUGGCACAUUUAAAAUGAAUUAUCACAAGAAAGAAAGAUUAGGAAUGAUAAAAAACGGGUUUGAAGCUGCCACCAUGAAAAAUUUAACAAAAGAUGGUGAUUUCGCAGGAUGUAUUGCUUGUGCUGUUAUUCGAAGACAACAACAAAGUUUGGGCUAUGAAUUACCAAAGGAAUGUGAAAGCUGUUUCAGUAGAUAUUGUUGGAACGGUACGAUAGCUAAUCAAGCUGUCAAAGAUGAUGAUGAUGACGAUAAUAAUGAUGAUGAUGAUAACCAAAACAACAACAAUAGAAAUAAUAAUGAUAAUGAUAAUGAUAAUGAUAAUGAUAAUGAUAAUGAUAAUGAUAAUGAUAAUGAUAAUGAUAAUGAUAAUGAUAAUGAUAAUGAUAAUGAUAAUGAUAAUGAUAAUGAUAAUGAUAAUGAUAAUGAUAAUGAUAACGACAAGGAUGAGCGUGAUAAUGAUAAUGAUGACGACAAUGAUAACAAUCAUGAUAACGACAAUGAUAAUGAUAAUGAUAAUGAUAACGACAAGGAUGAGCGUGAUAACGAUAAUGAUGACGACAAUGAUAACAAUCAUGAUAGCAAUCAUGAUAACGACAAUGAUAACAAUUCAUGA